UCUUGACAACAAACCUGCACUGAAGGAGCAGAAGCUGGACGGGCUUUAUUUAUCAUUUGUUUGGCUUUUGAACACAUUUGUUUUAAUAUAUAUAUAUUUAGUAACCACAGAUAUCAUUGAUCAUUGAUUAUUGAUCUUUAUACAGCGUCCGGCUCCGUGGUGGGAUUUAAAUAACAUGAUUCCUGCAGCUUCGUAGCAAAUAUGAUUAUAAUAACGGGGAAUAAUAAUCCGUUCUAAUAAAUAUACAUGAAUAAAUAUAAGUAAUAUGUUCAAGAAUGUUUUCUCCUCAGGGUUUGUGGUCAGAACGUGUCAUGUGAUUCUGACAUGGAUUGUAACUUUAAUCCUCUUCCUGCACGACACGGACUUAAAGAAGCAGCAGGAAUCCGGACAUUUGCUGCAGCCGCUUUUCUUCGUGCUGCUCGUUCUCGUCUCCGUUCUUCUUUACUUCUCCGUUUCUCUGAUGGAUCCGGGAUUCAUCCAUUCAUCUGACGACUCCAAUCUGCAGUUCGUGCUGGGAGGAAACGACGAGCAGGAAAACAUGAUUCCUCCUCCGGUGAAAUCCCUGCGCCAGCGACGCUGCCGACGCUGCCUAGUGCAGCAGCCCAUGAGGUCCAAGCACUGCCACACGUGCCAGCGCUGCGUCCGCCGCUACGACCACCACUGUCCCUGGAUCGAGAACUGUAUCGGAGAGAGAAACCACCGCUGGUUCAUCCUGUACCUGCUGUUGCAGCUGCUGGUGCUCACCUGGGGGUGCUGGCUCUGCUGGACGGGUUUGAGCGUCGCUCCUUCCUGGCGGCCGUGGCUCAGCUCCAACGGCGUGCUGCUAGCGGUGGCGGCGCUGCUAGCGCUGCUAGCCGUGGUGGUGCUAAUGCUGCUGGGCUCCCACCUGUACCUGAUCUCCGUCAACACGACCACGUGGGAGUUCAUGUCGCGCCACCGCGUGUCCUACCUGAAGCACUGCGGCCCCGACCAGAACCCCUUCGACCGCGGAGCCGCCCGGAACCUGCGCGGGUUCUUCUGCGGGGCGGACGCCGUGGCGUGGGAGACGCUGUACUUCAGGGAGGCUAACGACGUUUAGCGGAGACGCUGUACUUCAGGGAGGCUAACGACGUUUAGCGGAGACGCUGUACUUCAGGGAGGCUAACGACGUUUAAUUUAUUUCAUUUAAUUUACAUUUCGACUUUAUCCUCAAAUUUUUUUCUUGACAUUUCAACUUUUUUCUCGACAUUUUGACUUUUUUCUCAAUUUUUUUUCUCGACAUUUCGACUUUUUCCUCAACUUUUUCCUCAACAUUUUUCUCAACAUUUUUCUCAACAUUUCGACUUUAUCCUCAAAUUUUUUUCUUGACAUUUUGACUUUUUUCUCGACAUUUUGACUUUUUUCUCAACAUUUUUACUUUUCUCAACGUUUUUAUCGACAUUUCGACUUUUUUCUUGACAUUUCAAUUUUUUUCUCUACAUUUUGACCUUUUUCUCGACAUUUCCACUUUUUUCCUGCGGUUCAUUCCAUGUUCCUUUUGUGCGAAAGUAAACCUUGUAAGUGAGCAAUAAAUGUUGAGUUUCGUGUGUUGGACAAUCUUUAGAUCUGCUGCACAAACAACUGUAAAUCCAUGUUGUUACUUCAGAAAUAUGCAAUACUGUGUGUUUUUUACCUUCUUGAACAAAUGCAUGAAUAAAGAGAAA